UAAUGCUUUUAUGAAAAAUAUUUUAUAUAUAGUAUACACACACAUAAAAGAUAAAAAAAACAAGGAAAAAAAUAUUUGCAAAAAAAGAAUUAUAAAAACAGAGAAGAAACUCUAGAGAAAUGGCUUUCUCAUAAAAUAUAUAAACGUCUUUAUAGUGUUUUAUAUUCGAAGAUUUAUAAAUACAAGAAGCUGCGGAAGCGGAUGCGAUCAGCAGGAUCUACGCUACAAGAUCACGUAGCAAAGUCCUUCCGGUGAAAGAAAUUUUGCGCGAAAAAGAGAUUCUGUCGUGAACAUGGCGCGUUUGCGAACGUUGGUGAAGAUGGAAAAGGAUGGAGUGCGAAGAGUUCCCCUGUUUCUUCGCGAAACUCGCGUGUCGCGCUCUCCCCAGUACAAGCACGACGGAAUUCGUUCUGGACGAUGCCCCGGAAAAUUCGUCGAAAGCCACGGUCGGCCGGGUCUAUCUCUAAUUCUGAUUUCGUCGCACGUGGGCAUGCUCUUUCUCCGGCGGUGAAAAUUCGCGUUCAUAAUCCGCGACGUAGAUAAUAAACGACCAUCGUAAUUACCGGGGUCCGAUGCAACGAGUCCGCGCAAAAAAAAAAAAAAGCAAAGAUAAGACAAACACACUGCUGCCUGACGUGUAAAGGCGAUUAAUAUCUUUUGCAGCCGCAACGAUUUCGCCGCCUGGGUUUGUUAAUUCUGUCGCGAGAAAUCGGUAUUUCCUGCUUCGAUAGGAAUGGGCGAGCACGUGUUGCUAAUAAGUCGUGUCAGUGAGGUGGGGGUACCGUUGCACUCAUCGUUGAAAAACCCUCGAGUGGCGCAAAUGCAUCCCAUUACUUCGUGGAAAGUUGAAGGUAACGAAAGCACCGUGAAUCAAAGAGAAAGUAUUAACAUUCUGCUCGAUUUAACGACCCGAGCGAGAUAUGAGGGCUUUUCCGAGUGAUUCGGCUGUCCUGAUUCUUCUACCCCUUGCGUUGUUCUUCGCACGCGUCAUCGGCGACGGCGACGCGAGAACGUCUACCAAGUUAAACAGUCUGUUUAUAAAUAGUCAGAAGCCACAAUUGGUCUCGUUUAACAGUAAAGAAGGAGAUAUCGAAAUCAAUUGGGAUGUGUCCGUACCUUUCUUCAGGAUACCGCUGAGUCAUGUAAAUAAACAUAAUGAAAUAUCAACUCUGAUUGACGUUAAUACGAGAGGGUUGUCGAUCGCUGGCAUAUUAACAGCCAUUCUCACCUUAGCUGUACCUGUCUUGUCGAAGCCAGGUCCUGGAAUGCAUUAUCGAAGUUCCGACACGCAAUGGUCUCGAAUGGGAAAUACGAUAAAUGAGAUCAUGCUUAGCAAUAAUUACGUCACACCCUGUAUACAGCGCAUUAUCUGCUCCAUUAUUUCUGAGGCGAGUCACUCCAAUAAUCCCACGAGUACUGACAAGAUCAUCGAUGGCUUGUCAAGUCACGAGUGGUUUAAGGAAUUCACGAACGGCACAGUCCUUCAGGAAGCUGUAAGGAUAGGACGAGAAAAACAUCAUGACUGCGGGCGUGUUUACAAGGAGUGUUUUGUGACACCGCGAAUCCUUAAAAGCAUAAUGAUGCAAUUCGGUGCAAUCUGAUGUUUGACAUUCAACACUAAAUGUUAAUUAAAGGUAUUAUUGAUUGGAAUACGUGAUUUUUCGCGAAUUGUCUCUUUACGUUAUCGUAUUCUCGUAUCGUAUUCAUUACAGCUGGAACGGCCUAUCACAUGUGAAUUUUAAAAAAGUUUAGACACUGCUAUCAUCGUCAAAGGCCGGCGAAUCUAUCCUCACGUUCAAUUUUGAAAUCACUUGCGAUGUAAUGAGUGAGAUACAUCAGGGAAGUCGAUCUACAUUAUUCCGAUGCACGAGGUGUGAAAUUUCGUCGCGUUUAAGAAAUUUCACUAUAUGUAAUUCAGAUGACACCUCGCGCGCUUUCACUUUUCUUUUUCGUCACAUAAUCGCAGGAAAAUCACAGCCAUUUUAUAAUAAAUACAAUGAUUUGAUUUAACGUAUAUUUAUCCAUUCUCAUCUAUUAUUCUCGAAUAAAAUUAUGAUCUUAAUUAUUUUUAUAACUUUUAUACUAUAAAUAAUAUUAAAGAUAGUAUAAAUAACAUAUUUUUCUUACGUGAUAAAGAUUGAAACUUUCACAGAAAAUGAUGUGAUGUAAAAAGAAAAAAUUUCCUCAGCAAGAAAAAGAUAUUCGGAAUAAUAUAUUUUUUUAUGUAUAUUAAAAUUUUUAGAAGCAUGAUUGUUUAAAAAAUAUAUUAAAAAAAUGUAUUAUUCUCAAGAUCAGAAAUAUAAUAAGAUUUUAAUGCAAGCAAUAAAAGUAAU